ACUCUCGUACUCCUGGGCCAGAUUAUAGGAUGCACGUUUAGCCAUCACUUGUUUACACAACUUGAUUGCAAUGGCGAAGAAGCUGAAAAAUUAGCAGAACUGGCCGUGCACUACAUCAACGAGCAUAAUCUACACGGAUACAAACAAGCUCUCAAUGUAAUCAAGGAUGUUCAUGUCCUGCCCCGGAGACCCCGUGGGAGGGUAAUCUUCCUUGAGCUGGAUGUUCUGGAGACAGUGUGUCACGUGUUGGAUCCAACUCCUGUCGAGAAUUGUACUGUAAGACCAGAGCAUUACCAUGCUGUUAAAGGAGACUGUGAUGUCAAGCUGCUCAGUGAUGAGGGCAUCAACAAAGUGGUUGCUUCGAAAUGCCACUCAGAUCCAGAUUCUGUGGAAGACGUGCGGCGAAAUUGUCCGAAAUGUCCAAUUCUGAUACCUCUGAAUGACCCUCAUGUGGUACAAUCUGUUGAAUACGUGCUCCAUAAACACAAUGAAAAAUAUCCUAACCAUGCUUAUGAAGUCCUUGAGAUUUCAAGAGGACAGCACAAAUAUGAGCCUGAAGCUUUCUACGUGGAGUUUGCUAUUGUGGAGACCAACUGCUCUGCUCAGGAAGCUCAUGAUGACCAUCAUGACUGCCAUCCCAAAGCAGCAGGAGAAGCACAUAUUGGAUUCUGCAGAGCAACUGUUUUUAGAUCGCAUGCUACCCUUGAAAAACCUAAAGAUGAACAGUAUGAGUCAGACUGUGUCAUCUUUGAUGUCAAGGAGGGACAUUCUCACACCCAUUUGAUUGAGCAUCACUAUGGAAAAAAUAUUGCUUCUCCAGGACACAAUAAUACUGUCCUGGACCUCGUUCAUUCGCACAAUCAUACAAGUGCCUCACACGAGUCUCAUUCUCACGAGCAUGUGGCAGUUCCUGUGGCUGUAGCUCCUGUGGCCAAAAGAGAAGCUCCAACAGAGAUAUCACAUGAUCACACACACGCUACAAAACUUUGUCCAGGAAAAGUACAUCACUUCAAGGUGUAGGCCAGCUGUGCCAGAGAGCAGAGAGAAGCUGCCCAGUUAAUGCAAAAAAAAAAAAA